CACCUACAUAUUAAAGCCCCAGCAGACCAAGUCAUCGACAGCGUCCCUCGCGCAUCUGCCUGACUUCGGAAGCUUCGCACGAGCAGUAGCAACGACCUCUCCCUUCGCCUCUCUCUAGUCUUUAUCGCUUCGAUAGCCCAUCGUCGUCACAAUGGCCACCGAACUUUGCCCCGUCUACGCGCCCUUCUUUGGUGCCAUGGGCUGCACCUGCGCCAUCGUCUUCACCUGCCUGGGUGCCUCAUACGGCACUGCCAAGUCUGGUGUCGGUAUCGCCGCCAUGGGUGUCCUCCGCCCUGACCUCAUCGUCAAGAACAUUGUCCCCGUUAUUAUGGCUGGUAUCAUUGGUAUUUACGGCCUCGUCGUUUCCGUCCUCAUCUCCGAUGGCCUCAAGCAGGAUCUUCCUCUGUACACCGGCUUCAUUCAGUUUGGUGCUGGUCUCUCUGUCGGUCUUGCUGGUCUUGCUGCCGGAUUCGCCAUCGGUAUUGUCGGUGAUGCUGGUGUCCGAGGAACUGCUCAACAGCCCCGUCUCUUCGUUGGAAUGAUUCUGAUUCUCAUUUUUGCCGAAGUCUUGGGUCUGUACGGUCUCAUUGUUGCCCUGUUGAUGAACUCCAAGGCCAGCCAGGAUGCUGUCUGCGCAUAGAAGGACAAAGACAACGUGACUACCCCGAAUAACUUGACAACUUUGCUUUUGUGGGAGUCGCCAAACCUGGUAUGAAGUAUGGGUUCUGGUCAGUGCUACAAUGUGAUAACUCAGGGUCAAACAAUGGUGCUGGAUGGUGCAACGUGUUGGGAAAGGAGAAUCAUGACCGCGCACGCAACGCAGGUCGCGUAAUGGAUCGGUAGGAGGGAGCUUUUAUAUAUGUACACUAGUGACAGGAUGCGUUUGCUCUUGAUGUGAUUUUCUCUUCAUAGACGGUGAAGGUGAAGGGUCUAGUGUAAGCAGAUGCUCAAUUUUAUCUGUCAUUGUUUGUUUUCUU